GAGAUAGUAAACAUGAAAGAGCAGACAUAACGAGGGAGAUUGAGCAAGAGAAAGAGAGAGAAGGAGGGAGAAAAGAUUAGAAGGAAGAUAAUGUUUGAAGACAUGAGAAGAUAUUAUUUUUUUAGUUCUUCUUCUCCUUCGGCUUUAAUGUUUUUCCAUCAUCAUAAUCAUUCUCGUACUCGUAGCCAUCAUCCUCCCUCAUCAUCAGUGUGAAAAAAAGCUUAAUGAUUUCAUUUGAUAAUAUUUACUAAUAACCAAUAGAGCCUUUUGUUUAUCUUUAAGUGUAUCAUCAUAUGAUACAAUCCAAUGUUUUGAUCUCGUUUCUGUGUCUUGUGUUCAUAUUUUGGAUUUAAAAUUGAUUGUUUCCAUUAAUUUGCAAAGUUUAAUUGCAAAUUGCAAGUUUAAUUUUAAUGAUACCAAAUCACUCGUCAUCUUCUCCAUCUUCAUCCUCAUCCUCAUCAAAUAGUGCUAAUCAUCUUCACCAUCAUCAGCACAAUGGUACACCAGGUCCACUACCACCCCCACCUCCACAACAUUUAACUCAACCAUUGUCUCUUCAACAAUCGCCCUCAAGUCCACCCUCUUCGUUACAUUCGCCAAUAACAACGCCAACGUCCAUUAUAUCGAUGGACGAAUCCACAAGACUUCGUCGGUGGGAGGCACAGUUAGCAAAAGAAUCGACGAGAGAAACAAUGAGACAAUAUAUUCGUGAGCGUAAAGAGAUGAAAAUAGUUAUAUUACAUGCAAAGGUCGCCCAAAAAUCUUAUGGAAACGAGAAGCGAUUCUUUUGUCCACCUCCAUGUAUUUACCUCUAUGGUCAAGGUUGGUCACAUAGACAACAGCAAAUGAUACAAGCUGGACAAUCAGAAUCAUCAACACAAAUUUGUGCCUUCAUCGGAAUCGGUAAUUCAGACCAAGAAAUGCAACAAUUAGAUUUCAAUGGAAAGAACUUUUGUGCAGCCAAAACUCUGUAUAUAAGUGAUUCAGAUAAACGAAAACAUUUCAUGUUAUCGGUGAAAAUGUUUUAUGCAAAUGCCGACGAUAUUGGUGUUUUCUAUUCCAAACGGAUUAAGGUCAUUUCCAAACCCUCCAAGAAGAAACAAUCACUUAAGAAUGCAGAUUUGUGUAUAGCAUCGGGAACAAAAGUAGCCUUGUUCAAUCGACUUCGAUCUCAAACAGUCUCAACUCGUUAUCUUCAUGUUGAAAACAAUAAUUUUCAUGCGAGUUCAUCUCAAUGGGGAGCAUUUACAAUUCAUUUGGUUGAUGAAAAUGAACCAGAUACCAAAGAGUCAUAUAGAGAUGGUUAUAUUCAUUAUGGAUCAACAGUUAAACUUGUUUGCUCUGUAACUGGAAUGUCCUUGCCAAGGCUGGUAAUUCGUAAGGUAGACAAGCAGAAUGCUCUAUUAGAUGCCGAUGAUCCAGUUUCCCAAUUACAUAAAUGUGCCUUUUACAUGAAAGAUACCGAGAGAAUGUAUCUCUGUUUAUCUCAGGAAAGGAUAAUCCAAUUCCAGGCAACACCCUGUCCAAAGGAACCAAACAAAGAAGUGAUCACUGAUGGUGCUUCAUGGACAAUAAUUAGCACCGAUAAAGCUGAAUACACUUUUACGCAUGGGAAUAUUUUACCCGGAGGCUUAGGAAGUGGUCCAGUUAGUCCUGUUCCAAUAGUUCACAAUUUAAAUCUCAAUGGAAAUGGAGCAACAGCAAAUGGAGGGAAUAAUAAUAAUACUGAUGUCACCAUGUUGGAAUUGACUGGAGAAAAUUUCACCGAAAAUUUGAAAGUUUGGUUCGCUGAUGUAGAGACUGAAACAUUUUUCAGAUGUCAAGAGUCACUUCUAUGUGUAGUUCCACACGUAUCAGAGUUUCGAGAAGGUUGGGAAUGGGUUCGUUAUCCAAUCACCAUUGACGUUAAUCUGGUUCGUGAUGAUGGUGUUAUUUAUUCAACAGGUUUCACCUUCACUUAUACACCUGAAUCCGGGCCCAGAUCUUUUUCCCAUAAUCCUCAUCAUCCUCCACUUCAUGUCCACCAUGCUGCUCAUCAACACCAUCUUCACCAUCAACAACAACAACAACAACAACAACAACAACAACAACAACAGCAGCAGCAGCAACAACAACUACAACAACAUUCAACAUCCCAAAACCAUCACAAUUUAUCACCUCAUCAUCAUCCCUCUCUAACACAUCAUCCAACAACCACCAAUCAUUCACACCCUCAUCCUAAUCAUACUCAUCACAAUGUUAAUCCUUAUCAACAUCACACUCAUAAUCCCAACAACGGACUUCACCUUCCACACCAUCAUCCUCUUCAUCAUCCAUUAACACCACCACAACACCACCCUCACCAUCUAACAGAACUGGACCCAUUAUUGUCACCAAUACCUUUCAUUAACCAUCACCCUCAUCACAAUGGAGUAUAUCAUAACUAUUCACCAUCAUCUCACCUAACAACUCUCCAUCCCUUAGACCAACAAUCACUCCACCAACAACAACAACAACAACAACAACAUUCCCAUGGUCAUCCUGCCUCUCUACAACAACAACAACCUCAAUCAAUUAACCCUCAACCAACAGAAACACCGCCAAGUUCAUUGAUUACAAAUCAACAUCUACCUGAAAAUACUCUCGAUGGGCAUGUACAUUCAUUAGAGCAUCAACAUCACCAGCAACUCCAAUCCCCAGGUCAACUUCAUGGUAAUCAUCAGAAUCAUUCACAACAUUCACCACCCACUGAACAUCAACGAGCUCAAGAUCAACAACAACAACAACAGGGUAAUCACAUUUCACCACAACAAACUAAUCAAGUUAAUCAACAGUUAUCACAAUCACAAUCACAACAACCACAACCUCAACCUCAACCUUCAGGAAGCCCACCAUUGAUUCAAAAUCAACAUUUACCGGAAAAUACUCUCGAUGGACAUGUUCAUCCAUUGGAACAGCAACAAACACACCAACAACAUCACUCACAACUUCAAUCUCCAGGUCAACAUCAUCAAAAUCAUCAAAAUCAUUCACAGCAACAACAUUCACCAUCAUCAUCAUCUGAUCAUCAACGAGCUCAAGAGCAACAACAACAACAAGGAAAUCACAUUUCUCCUCAACAAACUCAAUCUAAUCAAGUUAAUCAUCAAACACAACAACAACAACAACAUUCACAACAACAACUUCAUCAUUUGCAGUCAUUAAAUUCACCACCACCUCCAUCAAUACCACCAGAGUCUUUACUGGCUCAUCAUCAUCAUCAAUUAACAAAUCAUACACCAAAUCACUUAAAUCCCACUAAUCAUCAUUUAAAUCAUACACAUUCAAUGACCACAAUGAUGACCAGACUUGAAUCAAGUGACAAUUUAAGAUCACCAAGUUUACAUCAUCUACAAAGAUCAACUCAUCGAUCUCAUCCCUAUUAUGUACCUGGACAUGGUCCACCCCCGACUCAUCACUCUCAACCUCAUCUUCAAGCUCUUUAACCUUAAUUAUUUUGUCAAAUUAAUACUUAGAAUAGAAUUAACUUUUAGCUUAUUGAUUAAAGGACAAGAAAUUAAUUUAACAACAAUUUAAAUAGUUAGACUAAUGAUAGUUGUAUGUAAUUAACUAUUUAUAUAUCUCAUGAUAUCUGAAAAGAAAUGUAUUUCCAAAUUCCCGAUAUGAAUACUCAAAACAAAUCAUCAAGAAAAACAAAAUCAUAUAUUGAUUGUUAAUUGAUUCUAAUUUCAGAUAUUAUUAUUAUUAUUAUUAUUAUUAUCAUUUGGAAACAAAUUGGAGUCAAAUUGGAAUCUUAAUUGUUAAUCAAUCUAAAAUCAUAUUUUAAUUGUAACUUGAAUUUCCAACACAAUGACAAACAAAAAGAUUUGAUUAUAAUCAACUAAUUGUCACUUGAUCUUAUCAAGUUAAUCAACUUCACUGCUCAAUAUACACAAAAUUGAUUGUAAUAUUAGAAUUAACAAAAACAAAACAAAUCAAUUAAAUUUGCCGGAGAAGUGCAAUCAACAAUUAAAUUUGAUCGUAAAUCAAUUCUUUUAUUUUCUUAUGAGAUUAUUAAUCGUUUUCUUAUAAUAAUUUCAAGUUCCAGAAACUCUCUAUUCCUUUCCAGAUUAACUGAUCAUAAAUUCUGAAAGUUGUGGUGUUUUCAUCAAUCGUGAUGAACUUUUGCCGGACCAAAUGAACGCUGAUAACUUUGGAACUUGAUAAUUGAAAUAUAAUAGAAUAGUGAAUAGUUAAAACAGUCACCCGAAGGUGGAAGGUCACUUACUGCACUCGAAGAAAUGG